CGUUAUUUUGAUGUAAUAUUAUAUGUUAUAUGAUAUUUUGAUGUAAUGCAUAAAUGUAUGAGCAAGCACUAAAGUGAUCGGAGCGUAACCCUUAAUUUCACUUCGUCGACUGGAUCAACGCACUAAACGGGUUGAUAACCUUGUUCAUUGGCUCAUUGCUCUGUAUCUCCAACGAAUCUAACGGCGGGAAUACACCGAUACAGCUACCCUUAACGUAUUGUAGUCUUCUCGGACUUGGCUCGGCGACGGGCCUUCAUAGCUCAUAAGACUCUGCCCCCGACUGUUUUAGUUCCCGCGCCGCUUCAUCUUCAUUCUUCCAUGUCCGGUUGCCGGCGUCUGUCUCUUCCUCCGAAAUCACUCGAGCUCGGGCAGUGAGAACCCGACAUCCUUUCUCUUCCAAUUUAACGAGUUUCCACCAUCCUGCAAUGCCUUGCUUCAGCUGCGGACACGGAUCCCUAGCCCGCGACGACACCACCGGGAGUCUCGUCUGCGAAUCAUGCGGCACCGUGCAAGAAUUCCGCAACUUCGAGGAUCGGGCCGUCGGUCCGAGCGGCGGCGGCCAGCAAGGCUCCUUCGUCCGCGUUGGCACAUCAGGUACAGGCGGUUCAUUGGCGUACAAAGAGAAGAAGGUAUACGAGGCCGGUAAGAUCAUCGACGAAAUUACGCUUAGGUUGAACUUGAGUGGUAGAGCUGUGAAUGAAAUUAGGUCCAUGAUUGAUCAAAUUACGGAAGGGGAAUAUGGUUCAGGCGAUUGGUUCCAUGUACUGGUUGGUGCUUGUUCUUAUGUUGAAAUGAGGGUUCAGAACAAGGCCUUUUCGAUUGCGGAGGUGAGCGAAGCGGUUGGGUGUGAUGUUUAUGAGCUGGGGAGGAUGGUCGCUCGGGUGGUUGAGCAUUUGGAACUCAGGCUUCCCGAGUUCGAUAUAGUGAACGCUUUCGAGAGGGUUGUGACGAAUUUGGCGAGUUUGGGGAGGGUUGAUGGUGAUAGGGUUGGCAGGAUCAGAAAGCAAGGUGUGUUUUUGAUACAGUGUGCGAUUAAGUGGUUUUUGACUACUGGGAGGAGGCCAUUGCCUGUGGUAGCAGCUGUUUUUGUGUUGGUAGCUGAGCUGAAUGGGAUUAAGGAUGUGAAGCUUGAGGAUGUGGCAAAAGACGUGAAUGCUUCUGUCGUCACUGCCCGGUUGAGGUAUAAGGAGCUGUUGGAGAAGCUUGUGGAGGUAGCUCAAGCAUUGCCGUGGGGGAAGAAUGUGACGGUGAAGAAUGUUGUAAUAAAUGCUCCGCUUGUGAUUCAGUAUAUGGAGUUGAAGUCGACUAAUACCUGUGGCAAGGACAUUGAGAAUUUUCAGAGUGCUGUGUUUGAUCUUGGUGAGAUGAUUAGUGAGUGCUUGAGAAAUGAAAUUACUUAUGAUGCUGAGGAUGAUAGUCAGGAGGUAACUCAUGAUUCUCAGAAUGCUAUGAUAGAAGAUAGAAGGUCAAUUGCUGAAGUUGGGCAUGCUGACGUGGAUAAUCUUCAGCUGUCACACGAGUGCUUGUCAUUGGCCUAUGAGAAGUUCUUGGAAGAAGGUGGCGGUGAGAGGUCUGCUAAGGUGCAGGGAGAUGUUCCUAGUCAGAGGGAACAAAGAGGUAUUGAGGUUUAUGCAGCAGAAUGGUGGAACGGAAAAUCACAAUUGAGCAAGAAGCUUUUGCUUGCGCAGAUAUUGGAAAACGAUGUGGGAUUGGAAACCAUGCCUCCGUCUUUUGUGAAGGGUUGUCUGGAUGUGGAGAAAAGGAGAGCGAAGAUAAAAGCUGCAAAGCUGCGUCUUAAAAGGGCUGGGUGCUCGUUUAAGGCUACUGAUAAAUCGGAUAUUAGGACUACUGACCUUGUGGAUUGUGCAUACAGCAAGAAAAGGAAAAGAAAAAGAGAAAGGAAGGAGCAAACUAUUGAUUGGGAAGAUUUUAUCAUUGAAGCCCUUCUUGUUCGUCGGGUGAAAGAGGAGGAAAUUGAGAAGGGGUACUACAAAGCCUUGUUAGGUUUGCAUGUGUUCAAUUCUGGGAUUAAUGUAAAAGAUUCUGAUGUAGGAGCUACGCUAACCAAGCUCGAAUAUAGAUCUAAUGUCUCGAGUCUUGACCCACCUUAAUUGAAGAAUCUUCUGCUUGACUACUUGUACUUUUGGUAAAUAACUAAAUAUAUACAUAUAUGCUUCUGAACUUGAAUGGCUCCGGGACUAUGUAUAUUAUAGAGGAACUUUCUCUUUACAUUAUGUGCUUCCAAUCCACAUUCUUAAUAUACAUCGCUAUCGAAAUUAGAACCAGAUCAAUGCACUUGGUGUUGGCUCUGAGGUACAGUGAUCGUAUCUGCUUUAGCAGAGAAUGACUGCUUCUAUUGUGUGCACUUUUACUCUUGAAAACUAUUAGUCAUCACUUCUCCUCUGCUUUCUCCGAGGUACUGACUCUUUUCUCUAUUUUCCGGUUAGUGAGCUUUAUUUAUAAUAUAGAAGUGAAUUUGUC